AUGGCGGAAAUGCAGAAUGAAAACCCUACGAUCCUCAACCUCGCAGAUCUCCCCACAAGGAGUCGUUCUGCUGUGAAAACAAACGAUCAACCCUCCGGCAUAUUUGCCGCAGUACCCAACCCCGCCGACUUUCUCUCGUCCGAUUCAGAAGACGACGAUCUUCUUGAAGAGCCGAUUGACGAACAGGAAAUCUACGAUUUGAUCAAGUCAAUUUCGGAUCCUGAACACCCGUUAUCGUUGGGAGAGUUGGCUGUGGUAUCCCUGCCAGACAUAUUCAUCAAGCCGACCCUGGCCAAUGUCCCAGAAUCGCCUCUUCAAACAGUUACAGUCCUCAUCACACCAACAAUCACCCAUUGCAGUCUCGCCACUGUCAUUGGCCUUGGGGUGCGGGUUCGGUUAGAGCAGUCUCUCCCGCCCCGCUUCCGGAUUGAUGUGCGUAUUAAGGAAGGAACACAUAGUACGGGAGACGAGGUGAACAAGCAGCUUGGCGAUAAAGAAAGAGUUGCUGCUGCCUUGGAAAAUGGUGCGCUUAUGCAGGUCAUUGCUAAGAUGAUGGAAACUUGCCAAUGA